AUGGAGAAAACGAAAGGAAACGCGCAAGAAACGGUGAUUCCUGUUCAACUGCACAAGUCGAGAGAUGGGCUUUUGGAUUCGACCGGUUCAGGAUCGUCGAGAUCGGAGGGGCCGGUAGGUGGACAAGGCACAGCGUCUCAGCUAGACUGUCCGGAUGGAGGGUUGAGAGCGUGGCUGGUCGUUCUUGGGGUGGGUCCACGCGUCGGUUCAUCACUUGGGUAUAUAACCUCCUGGGGAGUGUUCCAAUCGUAUUACGAGCAGACCUUACUUAAAGACCAUACGCCCUCUUCGAUCGCAUGGAUUGGAUCAUUGCAGGUUUGUCUGGUCUUCUUACCCGGACUAAUCAGCGGACGCCUUUUCGACCUCGGAAUAUUCAAGCUUCCGUUUGUCGCGGCCUCUGCUUUGCUCGUUACGUCAACGUUUCUCGUCGCGGAAUGCACUCAGUAUUGGCAGUUUGUGCUUUGCCAGGGAUUGGCUACAGGACUUGGUGUCGGCAUGGUAUUCGGUCCUUCUCUCAGUGUCCUCGGUCACUGGUUCAAACGGAAACGGGGAGCCGCGAUGGGUUUGACCACCCUCGGAUCUUCUGUUGGAGGAACAGUGUUCCCUAUUGCCACGAGAACGUUGAUUCCAGCCGUUGGAUUCCCAUGGACAAUGCGAAUCCUCGCUUUUAUUCUCCUAUUCUCCCUCUGUAUACCAUGCUUUACGCUCGCCAGACGUUUACCGCCAAAAGCAGUCUCUGGCGGACUAUUCAAUUUUCGAGCUUUUAAGGACUCACCACCGUUUACGGUCUAUUGUGUAGGAGUUGUUUUUCUAUUUUUGGGGCUAUUCACUGUAAUGACCUAUAUCGACAUCAGCGCCGUGACGAAUGGCGUUUCGCCCGAUUACUCGUUCUACCUCGUUUCCAUAGUCAAUGCAAGUUCGCUACUUGGAAGGGUUGUGUCAGGAAUAUUGGUGGAUAAAACUGGAGCAAUCAACUUUAUUGCACCGACGACAUUCCUUGCCGGAAUCGUAACGUUUGCAUGGCCGUUCGCUACAUCGAAGAGCUCUCUAACGGCAAUUGCGGUAACCUACGGGUUCACUUCUGGCACUAUCAUCCCCGGGUUGGCCAUUCCUGUGUUUCUGCUUGGAGACGUGUCGGACAUCGGUCGGAGGACCGGAAUGAUGAUGACCUUGGGUGCGUUAGGAGGCCUGUUUGGAGCACCAAUUAGUGGUGCAAUCAACAGAAGCAGCGGCGGAUUUAAGGCAGUUGGAUAUUUCGCUGGCACGAUGAUGAUUCUUGCUGGUAUUUUUAUGCUUGCUACGAGAUAUUUGGUGUUGAGGAAGCUUCGAGGAAGAUUUUGA